AUGGAUCCCGUACAGGCUUUCGCCGGCCUCAUCGCCACACCCUGUCCAGCAGCGACUUUCCUGCUAGCUAGCUUCGCGUUCGUGCCAAUCGCUUUGCUUCACACAUUCAUCUCCUCGCCUACACUCCGCCAUCUGUACUGCACUGUAACAAGACUGAUACUAUCGGCAUUCGUGUUCGAAUGGAUGGCAUACGCGCACUUCUUCGUGUGCAUUCUCUACUCCAUGGACGUCAUGCGCCUGUUUCGGAGAAAUUGCGGCGUGCUAACGUUCUUCGGAACGUUCACUGUUGGCAUAUUCCGUCUGUACCAUGCGUUUCCUUUGUUUGACACAGCCUCCUCCAGCCACAUUAUCAUGCGGACCCACGAGACCCGCACGGAGGGCGUGCUCGACUGCACAGGGGCGGCACUGGUUACCAUGCCGUCGCUGCUGGAGCUGAUGGGGUACCUCUUCUGCUUCGGGCUGCACAUGACGGGCCCCUUCUUCGAGUUCAAGGCGUACGACGACUGGACCUGGCGACAAGGGAUCUGGUGCCCGAGUCUCAAGCAGCCGACCGUCAUCGCGCCGUUCUUCCGCGCGUUGGUGCAGGGCAUCCUUGCAGCCAUCGUCUUCCUGCUGGUCUCCCCUUAG